AUGAGUACAUCAUUUGUCUCAAAAACAUCUGGCCCUGAAAGAUCAGGAUCAGAUCGUCCAAAUUCGAGCGAAAAUCAGCUGGGAAAGGCUCAAAUAUACAACGAUAUUUGCGAGUAUGAGGAGACGCUGGGACGCCUUGUUACGUCUGUGGAUAAAUUUCAUCCCGACAUACAGAGUGCUAGAGAUCUAAUUGAGGCAGAUAAAAAGCUCUCGGAUACAUUAAAGUCGCUUCAGAGUUAUGAUGAAAUCGACAGUCGAGCAAGGCGUCUUGACGAAGAACACUCAAAAACUGAUACAAAAAUCGCACGAAUAUUGCAAACGCUCACAGAGUGCCACCGGGAUCUGAAUUCCUUACCCAUGCUUGAGCAAGUGGAGUUCGAGCGCAACACUAUGCUCAAGCAGCGCGAAAAAGUAUUCACAGACGUGCUGCUCGAUUAUGCCAUGAAACUCGCAAAAUUCACACAUGUACCGCCAACGUUUGAUAAAGGCUCGGUAGGACCAAACAAUUUUGUGUGGCCUGCGGAAGACGCUAUGAGAAGAGGUAUGCUGGCCAUAGCCUCUCUGAGAGCGUCGGAGAACGGAAAUGAGAAACUCACGACACAAGAUAGCUCAAUUCUUCAACAAGACGCUCCAAACGAGACUGGUGAAGAAUACACGGGUGCACCGGAUGCUGAUACAGAAGUAAGGGAUCGUAGACCUUCGUUUGAGUUUACUGGUGCGGCCGUCAAGGACGUGGAAGAAGAAAAGCAAGAGGACGAUAUUGAUCUUGAUCUUGACCUCUUCAAUGCUGAGGAGUUUUGA